AUGAGGAAGCUGGCCGAAGUGGAGUCAGAAGUGAAUGCGAUCAGGAAUCGAAUGGGCAAGGGCUCUUAUUUCGCUGAGCAAGAAAUAAAUCUGGCUCAACUUAUUCGGACCAUGGAAAAUAAAUUGGAUAAAACGAGCACGAAGAUGGCUGAGACAAUUCACAUAAAGCAUACCUAUGAGGCCAUUCGGGACAAAUUGAUGGGCGAGAGUUCAACUUACACCAUUACACUAGAGUCCAUGGCAGCUGAGAUCCGCCAGUGCAGCGCGAAGCUGACAGAACUGAAGGAGAGCAGUGUUGAGGCCGUUCGUCUUAGGGACAAGGCGCUGGUCGAGCUGAAAGAACACGAACAACUGUUGUUUGCGCACCAAAAGAGGCAGGAGCUUGAGCUAUUCAACAUGAAACGGACAUUAAACCUCUUGAAGGAGCAACCCAUCCCCACCAAGGCUCUCCUGAUUGACAAUGAUAUUGAAAAAUCCGACGAGGACGACCAGUUGACGGGUGAAGAUCCAACUAUAUCAGACAGCCAAGGCAUACUGACACAACUCGAAGCAAUCCAUAGCAAUUUGAAGGCGGUGACUGGCGUUUCCAACAACAGCGAAAUUGAGAAACUGUUCAUUCAGUUCGAGCAAUCCACAGCCAGUCUGCGCAAACUCUCCGGAGAAGUCGAAAUAAGAGUCAAGUUGUUGAGGUCCCAAAAUGUCCGACUGAAGGAAAUCUUUCAAGAACUGCGAAGCAUUGGUAGCGCUAAGAUAUCUGGGAACUUGACCCGAACUACGGCUCAGGCCCGCAUGGAUUCACUGAAGAUAAAGAUGAGCGCAGUGAGGAGUGAGCUGAAUAAGCUGAAGCAACUGCUGACCUGCGUACAUAUGGCCGUAGAACACAUUUACGUGAAGCUGCAAAUGACGCCCAGCACGACUAAAGGCGCCAAGAAGCAGGCUGCAGUGAUUUUGCGGCAUUUGGUUGAAAUCCAUCUGCCCGAUCUUAUGCUCCAAUGUUUGGAUUACCAGGACCAAUUGGAUAACGACCUCGAUGACUACAAUCUGGCUGUAGAACUCGCUAAUAUGACUCAAGAGGAGUUCUACACCUCUCUCAAAAGUAAGAUUCCAAGGUACAACACUCGCAUAGUGUCCAGCUGGAUGAAGAGGACAGGAAAAGAGACCGAUGAGGAAGAUAACGCCGAGUGGAGAUCGCGCAACGACCUCAAACACCGGUCCACCAAACAGGCACCACCCGAGCAAAAGAUGACACCACGGAGACACCACAUCCGCGACAAAUUCUCAGUACUCUCAAAUAAAAUACUUUAUCACUACUACUCUUAG